AUGCUGCUAACGACCGAUGGGUCAGUUGGCUACUACACCACUGGCCCGGCCUCCGACCAGUCUCUCAACAAGCUAAUCAGCUACAACUACACCACUGGACCGGCCUCCGACCAGUCGCUUGAGAGACUAAUCAGCGAUGACUUGAGGAAAGUCUUUGAAAUUAUUUUCUUUGUCGUGCUCAAUGGCGUCUUUGGCUUCUUUGGCUCCAUCGCUAAUAUAAUCAACAUCAUCGUCUUCUUAAAGCAGGGUCUGAGCGACUCUGUGACCAUCAGCCUGUUUGCCCUAGCCAUCACUGACCUGGGUAGUCUGGUCACCCUGCUCUGGGAGAGCGUGUGUUUGAAUCCCCUGUUUGCUGGCUCGGACAUCGAUUUCGUAGCGUUCGAUAUACACUACGUCACGGCAGCUGUGCCACACGCCAUCUUUGUCCGCAUCGCCUGGUGGACGACGACCUUCAUCACCUUCGAGAGAUGCCUCUGUAUCGCCCUGCCCCUCAAGGUCAAGCAGAUCAUCACCCCACGGCGAACUGUCAUCUUCCUCGUCAUCAUAUCCGUCGUUACCUUCAUCGGAGUGUCGCCCUUGUUUAUCUGUGCAUACAUCGGCUGGCAUUACUUCCCCUCUAUGAAUAGAACUCUGCUGGCCAGAAUAUUUAAAGACGACGGCCCGUACAUUGAGAGUAUCGGCUCCACCUACAUAGUGGUCUCCCAGUUCAGCUCCUUCAUCCUUGACGUCAUCUUCACUGGCCUCAUCGUCCACCAGCUGCAGGUCAAGUCCAGGUGGCGGAGCGAGGCGACGAGUGCGGGGGAGGGGAUGGCGCUGCGGGACAAGAAGGUCGUCAAGAUGGUGACACUCAUCUCCUGCAUCUUCAUCGUCUGCCUCAUGCCCAGCUGCAUCAACUUCCUGCUGGGCGUGGUCUACGCCAGCGCCUACAGCCUGGCCGGCGUCCAGCAGAACUUGUUCCUGCUGUCGUGGUCCGUCAUCCUGACGCUGGAGGGUGUCAACAGCUCCGUCAACAUCUUCGUCUACUACACCAUGAGCUCCAACUACAGGAACAUUUUCAGGGGCCUUUUCUGUGGGGAGAACAAAACCCAGCAAAAACCUGCCAGUGUCAAACAAGGCCACUCACUAAACAAGCACAAACCUGUUUAA